UACGAUGUUUAUCUCCGAUCGCCGCCUUCCCCUGCUUGUGAUACUUAUUUUUGCCGAUCUUCUUUUUCCAUGCAUUGCCGAAGAAAGAGGCCUUUACGUCGUCCUGCUCGACGGCAAGCCCGUCGCAUUUCGUCAAGAAUCGACGACGAAUGAAAAAGGAAGAAAGGCGUUUUUCGACAGCGAAGCUUCGAAGGCUCACGCGAAGCAAUUGGCCGACUCUCAUGAUCGAUUUCUUCAAACCACGUUGGAUGCCGGGAGCUACAACAAGCUCUACAGCUUCAAACACGUCGCCAAUGGAUUCGCCGUUCAUACGACUCAUUCUCAGGCGAAGAAAUUUGAGAAUGCUCGCGGAGUAAAGCUCGUCGAGAAAGAUCGAGGCGCCAAAUUAAUGACGACUCACAGCCCUGACUUCCUCGGAUUACCGGCGGUUUGGGCCCAACGAGGAGGCGAGAGGAAUGCCGGUGAAGGGAUCGUGAUCGGGUUCGUCGAUUCGGGAAUAAAUCCCGUGCACCCUAGCUUCACUAACGAUAUCUUACAUCAAUAUACUUCGAAUAUAUCUCAUUUUUCCGGAGCUUGCGAGGGCGGCCCUUUGUUUCCCCCGACUUCAUGCAACGGGAAGAUCGUUUCGGCGCGGUUUUUCUCUGCGGGAGCUCAAGCCGCAGCUCGAUUAAACACGUCUUACGACAUCCUAUCGCCUUACGACGCAGUUGGGCACGGCAGUCAUGUGUCUUCGACAGCUGCCGGAAAUUACGAAGUUCCGGUGGUUGUCGACGGGUACUUCUAUGGCCGAGCCAGCGGGAUGGCGCCUCGCGCAAGAAUCGCUAUGUACAAAGCUAUUUAUCCGACCAUCGGAACAUUAACCGACGUCUUGGCCGCGAUCGAUCAGGCUGUCGCGGAUGGUGUCGAUGUCCUAACGCUGUCGAUUGGUCCCGAUGGGCCGCCGGAGGAGGGGACACUCACAUUCUUCGGAGCUUUCGAACUGUUCAUGUUGUCCGCGAACAAAGCCGGAGUUCUUGUUGUCCAAGCAGCUGGAAAUCACGGCCCCGGUCCUUACUCGGUCAUCUCUUACAGCCCGUGGUCCGUCGCCGUCGCCUCCUCGAACACCGAUCGAACCUACCCGGGCACCCUCGUCCUCGGCGACGGCCAUGAAAUCAGCGGCAUCGGACUCACCGCUCCGAGUUUUGGCGGCGGAUUGCUGCUGUAUCGGCUGGUGCUGGCGAAAGAUGCCGUUAGGACGACGGGAACAUUUCCAAGGACUCCGCAGAACGUCGAUGAAUGCCAGUCGCCGGACGCGCUCGACUCCGCCGUUGUGCGAGGCAGCGUCGUUAUCUGCGGAUUCUCCGCCGGAUUCGCCAACGGGACGUCGACCCUAGCGGCCAUUUUAGCCACGGCAAGAGCUCUCGGAUUUGCAGGAUUUGUCCUCGCCGCAAACUCGAGUUACGGCGACUUUAUAGCCGAACCGAUCCCCUUCGCUUCCCCCGGGAUUAUGAUCCCGAGAGUUAGCAGCGUGCAAAUCAUGUUUCAGUACUACCAACAGCAGACUAUCCGAGACACCGGAGGUCGAGUUAUACGAUACAACGCCAGAGCCAGCAUUGGUGAAGGAAGGACCGCAUCGUACACGGAACGAGCUCCGAUCGUUAGUAGAUUCUCGUCAAGAGGACCCGAUUACAUGGACGAGAAACGGACUCCCGCCGACGUUCUAAAACCCGACAUUUUAGCCCCCGGCCACCAAAUUUGGGCUUCUUGGAGUCCCAUGAGCUUUCUCAACCCCAUGCUCUCAGGUCACAACUUCGCAUUGCUAUCGGGUACGAGUAUGGCGACUCCUCACGUUGCGGGGAUAGCUGCGCUUCUCAAGCAAAACAACCCUUCGUGGACUCCGGCCAUGAUCGCGUCCGCGAUGUCGACGACGGCGAGAAAUCGGGACAACCUCGGCGAACCCAUAAUGGCGGAAGGCUUUGCAGCCUACUCGAUCUACCCGGCCGCCCCAUUCGGAUACGGCGCCGGAUUCGUCAACGCUGCCCGCGCCAACGACCCGGGCCUAGUCUUUCCGGCAGGAUACGAAGACUACGUCGGCUUCUUGUGCUCUCUCCCCAACACUGAUCCUGAGAAAGUGAGGCGGGCGAUCGGAGAGGCUUGCCCGGCCGGCGCAAUUUCCGGCAGACCGUCGGACCUGAACCUGCCGUCGGUGACGAUGACGGCGCUUUCGGGGACGCGGGUGACGCACAGAGUGGUGAAGAAUGUCGGUGACAAGCCGGAGACGUAUUUGUGCGCGGUGCUGCCGCCGGCGGGAGUGGCGGUGAGCGUCGCGCCGGAGUGGUUCGCGGUGGGCCCGCAAGAAUCGGCGACGCUGGAAUUGAAGUUUACGGUGACGGCGCCGGGGGAGGAUUUCAGCUUCGGGUUGAUUGUCCUGACGGGAAGCUCCGACCACAUUGUCAGAAUGCCUUUGUCGAUAUUGCCUGUUUCUGUUUGAAAGGGGAUUUUGAUUAUAUUUGUAAUGAAAUUUAGAUAUGGCUGCUGUGAUGGCCCAUGUAUUUGUGUGUAUUAUUGGGCUUGGUGUUAUUUAUUUUUAUUAAUUAAUAUUGAUAUGAA